AUGUGCAGCGUCCGAAUUCUUCCAGAUGAGAUCAGCCAAAGUAGCGGUCUCAGUGCCUGUGAACGUGGUGGCCAGUGGGCCAGGGCCAUGCAGAUUCUACAGCGAAUGCCCGGGUGCAGGAUCACUCCCAACGAUUUCAGCUACAACGGUGCCAUCAGCGCCUGUGCCAGCGUGGGUGCCUGGCAGCGGGCUUUGCGGCUGGAGGGAGCCAUGGCCAGGGAUCGCGUGGUGCUGGACGAAAUUGGCCACAACAGCCUCCUCGCUUCUUGCGAGGCGGCAGGUAUGUGGGCCCUGGCGUUGUCUCUGCUGCUGCGCAUGGGGCUCUGCCGGUGUAUACCCGAUGACAUCAGCUACAACAGUGCUUUGCCUGCAUGCGGUCGUGCUGGGCGCUGGCAAUCAACGCUGAGGCUGGUGCAGGCAGUUUGGCUGGCGCGCCUGACCCCGAGCAAGCCAAGUUACAACAGUGCUGUGGCUUCGUGGGAGCAGCGCGGAGCCA